AUGAAGCUUGUCCAAUCCAUCAUCCUCGCCCUCCCCUUCCUCCAACCAACCACAGCCUUAGUGGGAAUAUCAUGGAGUGUAUCAGACGCACCUUCAACUGGCUUGACAGAACUCAGCUUCCCAAUGAAUGUCAACUCCGCGCCCCACGAAACAGGAUUUUACUUCGCGCAACAAUUCAACUUCAUCAACCAAAAAGACGUAGGCUACACAGGCAUCCAACCACGCGAAGACUCCAAUUCCAAGCCCGUUCUCCACGCAGCCUUCUCCAGUUUUAUCUCGGGCACCAAAUCAAGCGAUGAGAACUGUAGCGAUGGCGCAGAUGGUGGCGCCGGCGUAAGCUGCGCUGUUGACAUUGAGGGCUCAUACGCCCAUACAUACCAGCUGCAUAUCAAUAACACGGCCGGGACGACGUGGGUGGGAACCUUGAUUGAUUCUGUUAGUGGGAGUGAGACUCGAAUUGGUUCAUAUGAACUUCCGGCUGGGUCGGGGGGCAUUCAAGGGUCGCAGAUGGGCUUUGUGGAAUAUUAUCCCUGGAAUGCUGAAGAGAGUCAUCAGUGUGCUGAUUUGCCCAAAACUGCUGUGACUUUCGGUUACCCUGUUGCGGAGGGGUAUGAUGGAAAAUUGGAGAAGGCUUAUGAGUAUGGUGAUUGUGUUGGAAAGGCUGGGUUUGAGACUCAUUAUACGGCGGACGGUGUUGAGACCUCCGUUGGGUUUUGA